GUUUCGAACAUGCGUCCAUUCGCCAUUUAACCGUUGAACGCGAAGUUAAUUGUCUUACUGUUUUAAAAAAUUUGUGCUAUUUAUUAAAAUAGUUGACCGUUUUUUUAAUUGAGGAAUAUUCUAGUUGGAAAAUCAAGGAGAAUGUCGGAAUGGGGCGAUGAAGAACAGGAUACCGGCCGUGGUUUCGGUAAUGGCUAUGAUCAUUACAAAGAUAACGGCGAAGAAAACAUAGCCAAUGAGGAAAAUGAAUACAAUGAUAUUGAAAUUGCAGACGACGGAACUUGUGAUUUUGGAAAUAGACGAGGUCGGGGCGGUGGACGAGGUGGUCGUGGUGGUAGAGGUGACAGACAUGGCGGUGGUUAUGGCGGCGGACGUCGGAACAAUGAAGAAAAUGCAAAUGGAGAGCGCAAUGGCGGUGGUUUUCAUAGUGGCCGUGGAGGUCGGGGCGGUGGUGGGCGUGGAGGUCGCGGAAGCCGCAAUAAUUUCGGCGAGCGUAAUGGUUUUAAUGGGGAUAGACAUGGUGAUGACCAAGGCUUUAACAAUAAUAAAGGCGAAAAUGAAGGCGAACAAAAACAACGCGAAUUUUACAUACCACCAGAACCUACCGAUAAUGAAGAUGAAAUCUUUAGUAGCGGAAUUUCAUCGGGAAUCAACUUUUCCAAAUACGACAAUAUUCCAGUCCGGGUGUCAGGUGAGAAUGCGCCACCCCCACUUAAGAGUUUUGAAACUGCGGGCUUGCGUGAUUUGAUCAUGGAUAACGUUCGUAAGUCCGGUUAUAAGGUACCAACACCUAUACAAAAAACCGCCAUUCCAGUAAUUAUGGAUGGAAGAGAUUUAAUGGCAUGUGCCCAAACGGGUUCCGGAAAAACGGCCGCAUUCUUGCUUCCAAUCAUCAAUGGCAUCCUAGGAGAAAGUUGUGAUUUGUCAAUCGGUAAACCGCAGGCGGUAAUUGUGUCUCCAACACGCGAGUUGGCAAUACAAAUUUUCUCUGAAGCUCGAAAGUUUGCGCUGGGCUCUUAUUUGAAGAUCAGCAUUGUUUACGGGGGCACUUCAAGCAAACAUCAAGGCGAAAAUAUCGCAAAAGGAUGUCACAUUUUGAUAUGCACUCCGGGUCGUUUAUUGGACUUUGUUGAAAAGGGUUUCAUAACAUUUGAAGAAACGCGCUAUGUAGUGCUGGAUGAGGCCGACCGUAUGAUGGAUAUGGGUUUUAAAGACAGUGUAAAUACCGUGAUGAAUCAUCCGACAAUGCGACCAAUGGAGGAACGACAAAAUUUGAUGUUUUCUGCUACUUUCCCCGAGGAGAUACAGCGUUUAGCUGGCGCCUUUUUGUCCAACUAUAUAUUCAUUACCAUUGGUGUAGUAGGCGGCGCGUGCUCCGAUGUCACCCAAGAGAUUUUCGAAGUGAAAAAAUUUCAGAAGCGUUCCAAAUUAAUGGAAUUGCUGAGCGAAAGUAGUGAUGGCACCAUUGUCUUUGUUGAAACGAAGCGUGGAGCAGAUUUCCUUGCGUCCCUUCUAUCGGAAACCGAAUUUCCUACAACUUCUAUACACGGCGAUAGGUUACAACGUCAACGAGAAAUGGCUUUAGCAGACUUCAAGUCUGGAAAGAUGAAAGUGCUGAUAGCAACAUCAGUCGCUGCGCGUGGCCUAGAUAUUAAGAACGUUAAGCACGUCAUCAACUAUGAUCUUCCAAGUUCCAUCGACGAAUACGUCCAUCGUAUUGGUCGUACAGGUCGAGUUGGCAACAAUGGGCGUGCAACUAGUUUCUUUGAUCCCGAUCAAAAUGCGGCUAUGGCAAGUGAUUUAGUGAAAAUUCUUGAAGGCGCAUCACAGGAAGUGCCCGAAUUUCUCCGAUGCUGUUCAGGUGGAGGUGGAGGUGGCGAUGGACUGGGUAGUUCAGGUAGUAGUAGGUUUGGCGGUCGGGACGUACGAAAAAAUGUGCAGUCUGAUGACAACUUCAUUACCUCGGCAGGGCCUACUCCUUUGGAGGAGGAGGAAGAGUGGGAUUAAAGUGACACUUCCAAAUAUAAAUACUUAUAUAUUUAUUACACAAAAAACCCUACAUACGCAUUUUACAUAUGCAGCUUGAAUUUAUUUGGUUUCUGUUUAAUUGCUGCUAAUUAUUUUAGCAGACUUUAUAAUUGACAUUUUUAACACAUGAAUUUCAUUUUUCUUCAUUACAAAAAAUUACAAGACAAAAUAAAUGAAUUUGAUAUGAAA